AUGAGCUCGUCCUUUCCCCGUCCAGCAGCCAGACGACCGCCUUCGCUGCCCGCAACAGCGACGACAACAGCGACAACGACGACGACGAUGACGACCAACAACAACGACACGAUGAGUGAAGAGGAGCAGCAAAGACUCUUGAGGGCGCCCAGGAUGCGCACCGUAGCGCUCCCAGACGUGCCCCCACCGUACUUUAUCCGUGGCUCUCUCGCCUCUGCAUCUGCCUUCCCCCAGCCUGGUUCAGGCUCCUCUUCCUCGUCCGCCUCUCCAACUCCAACCGGUCUAGGCCCCAUCAACUUUGUGCUCCCUCUAGCGGGUGCAUUGGUCCGUCUGACCGCAGACGAAGCAAGCCGACCUGCCACUUCGCCCGCAACUCAGUACCUGCGCAUCGUCUCCCCGCUCCUCCACCCAAACCUCCGUCCAAUCUACAUUCUCCCCUCGUCUCAUCCACACAAUGGCGGCAUCGUCACCGUCUACGACGUCCUUUCCUCCAUCCACGCCUACCUGCACUCGCCAGUCGAGUCGCGCGACCUUGCCAAAUUCCCCGCGGCUGUCAGGACAGAAGCCCUCUUGCAUGCUCAGGAGAGGUGUCUUGUUCGGGGUGUCAGCAAGGACGUUGUCCGUGUCAUUGACCUCUUGGACGGCGCUACCGUCUUUGGUGGCUUGGUCCAGCAGGAAGACGUCGCCAGGCGCUAUGUCGCUCCAGGAGAACGUGGAAUCGAUGGUUGGCAAAGUGUCACUUGGAUUCUCAACAUGGUAGAAGGCCCACGCGCUGCUGCUGCGUCUGGCGCCUCCCAUGGUCAGGCCCCUCUCGGCCUUGGUCCCUACCAGAGACUACGCUGA